AUGGCUGCGGCAGGAGGCCCGUCGAGUAUUAUCACUCAGGUUCAACAGGCAGGAGGGCCGCCUAUCAACACAUUAGGAGACAUCGGUUGUGACGAGCAUAUCACUCUUGAAUUGCGAGGUACUCGAUUUACACUCUCGAGGGAUGAGCUGUUAACCCUGCCUGAAUUUGUCCUUCUAUCACUGUUUCCCAAUGGUCUUCUGCCUGAUGGGCAUAUGGGCUCAUUUCAAGAGGGUGAUAUCUAUCCCGUUGACUAUGAUCCAACAUCUCUCCAGUACAUGUUAGAUUUCUUCCGUUCAGUGGCUCAGUCGAUCCCGUCAUCUUCACCUUCAGCGUCGACUACUCCGGAAUUAGAGAUGUCUGAAACGGUGCUGGGGUCACCAAGAGACAUACUACAAGAUCGGGCCGGAAUUAUCGUCCUACGUGAGGACCUCGAUUUCUAUGCGAUACCACCACGUCCUGACAUCGACCAUACGGAGAUGAUGGAGGUCAAACGUGCCGUGGGCAAAGCACUUCUUAAACAAGACGGGAUAUUUUCCGGCCUGAAGAAGAGCGAUGAACCCGGAUCGACGGAGCAACAUCUUAUUGAGAUGCUCACUGCAGGUGGUUUUGAAAGAGACGACCGGUGGGGUCACCGUGCUCCCGAACCCAACAAGGCGGUCAUUUGCAGCCUUGCAUUAGCUAAACUUCGCACCGACGUCAGAGGUGAUCUGUCCAAUAACAAUGCGGUCGGCAUGGCACAGAAACUCUUAUUGUUCUGGAGAAAACCAGCCAGAAGAUGCUGGUGGGAGGGUGUCGAACUGGAAAGUGUCGAGGGCGUCGAAGGCAAAGUAAAAGUGUGGAUUCGGAGAGUCUGGACGCUUGAAAUGAGCGUUAUUGGUCUCCGAUAG